UUAUUAUUAUCAUAUACGUUAAACGUAUAUAUUAUGUUUUUAUAAAGUGUCUUUUAACUGAAACUUGGCGUUAUUGCUCAAUACUUAACAUAUUCAAGUAACGAGAUCCAUCGAUUCUAUUUGCGCACGAUGACUACAACUACUUCUAGGAUUUAUACUAACAUAAGAGGGAAGAGAAUUCUUUUAAAUCGAGAUCAAGAGAUAGAAAGAGAGAGGCGAGAGAUACACGUAUGCGCAAGAUGAACGUUUCUAGUUGGACGAGAAAACGGGUGUAAUGGCGAUCGUAACGAAAUAAUGCUCUCCCUUCUUCUUCUUUUUUCCAUCUCUUUUAUCCAUCAUUUUUAUUUUUCUUCUUUUUAAUAUACAUCGAAAUGUAUAGAAAGACAAAAAAAAAAUAUAAUAUGACAGUUACCAAUGAUCACGAUCGACAACUACUUCAACGAAGGCAACGACGACUACGACGACAAUAACGACGACGAAGGUAAUGACGAAGAGAACAAAAUUCAAAAAAGAAAGAGAGAGUCGGGUGUGUGUGUGUGUGGGGGGACCAAUCCCUAUCUCUUUCGCUCUCACUUCCUCGCUCGCUUGUUUCCUCGCUCCUCGAGUCUGUCCCAAAGGGGAGUGGUGGUUGGCCGAACGGUGGGACCGUCGUCGUUCCAAGCGAACAAAGAGGUGUAACGUGGGGGGUAUAUGGCGUGCUCUUGGACCCGGGGUCCGUAUUGCGAAGGCGAAAGUGUGCCGUGUAUAUAAGGCCCCGAACCAACGGCAAUCAGCAUCCAGUUCACUCCUGGACGCACCCGGAACAUCGCGAGAGUCAAAAUGAGAAUCCUGAUAUACCUAGCGGUAAUCGCUUUCGUAUCCUCGGUCGCUUUGGCCGUGGAAGCCGUAGAAGCUGUAGAAGCGGCUGAAGCAACAACAAAAAAGCAAGCAACAUCAAAGAAGCAAGAGAAGCGUGGCAUCUUGGGUCUUGGAUACGGCUAUGGCUAUGAUGGAGGAUACGAUAUUGGGUCCGCAGGACACGGGGGUGUGGAAUUAGGACAUGGAUACAGCGGCGGAUAUAGCGGCGGAUAUAGCGGCGGAUAUAGCGGUGGAUACGGUGGAGGUUACGGCGGAGGGUAUGGCGGAGGUUACGAGGGCGGAUACGGCGGCGGGUACGGACACGAGCACGUUAAGACCGUUACCGUAGUCAAGAACGUAGCUGUGCCAUAUCCAGUGGAGAAGCACAUCCCUUAUCCGGUAGAGAAGCAAGUACCGGUUCCAGUAAAGGUUCCAGUACCACAACCUUAUCCCGUAGAAAAACACGUGCCUUAUCCAGUGAAGGUUCUCGUCAAGGUUCCGGUUCACGUGCCGCAACCUUACCCCGUCGAAAAGAAGGUUCCAUAUCCAGUACAUGUUCCCGUAGAUAGACCCUACCCCGUCAAGGUCUAUGUCCCACAACCCUACCCAGUUGAGAAACAGGUGCACGUUCCGGUAAAGGUUCCAGUACCACAACCCUAUCCUGUUGAAAAACACGUUCCCUAUCCAGUCAAGGUUCCCGUCCAUGUACCACAACCGUACCCAGUCGAGAAACUCGUACCAUACCCAGUAAAAGUACCAGUUGACCGUCCAGUCCAUAUCCCAGUUCCCAAACCUUACGCAGUUCAUGUUGAAAAGCCUGUACCUUACCCAGUCGAGAAACCAGUGCCCUAUCCCGUAAAAGUACAUGUUGACAGGCCAUACCCAGUGCCCGUAGAGAAACACGUACCCUAUCCAGUAAAAGUACAUGUACCUCAACCUUAUCCAGUGGAGAAGCCAGUACCGUAUCCAGUGGAGAAGCCUGUACCAUAUGCGGUCAAGGUGCCAGUUGACAGACCGUACCCCGUGACUGUCGAAAAACCAGUACCAUACCCAGUUGAAAAACCAGUGGCGGUUCCGGUAAAGGUACCGGUAGCCGUACCAGUCCAUCAUGGUGGUUACGAAGGUGGUUAUGGUGGUUACGACGGCGGAAGCAGCGACGGAUAUCACUAUGGUCAUCAUUAAUCGAUCAACACACGCAGCUCCCUCAUCGUUAACGGCUUCUAGGCCGAGGACGAUCGACGACGACAACGAUGAGGAAUCAGCCUGGUAUUCAGCAUUCCUCUUAGUAUAUUACGUAUUAUAGUUAUGUCGUUGCCGUCGUCAUCGUCGUCAUUCGUCGUUGUGCUAAGCUUCGAUCGAUAUGCACUUGUACCUGGAUCCGAUAUCUCGAUAAGAGAGAGAUCCGGUACGAGCUUGUACCGGAUUUCGAUCGUAUCUUCGAAAUCGGUCGCAAUAAUAAAGAAUAAAAGAACAUUUCGGAGCUCGCGAUACAGCGACGUGGGCCAAAUCACCAAGCCACAGAGGGAGAAGAUAACAACAACAAAAAUUAGCUAAGGUGCCCCGAGCUUUUUUAGUGAAACGCGUUCUAUUCCUUACCUUACUUUUAUACCGAAAUAGUAAAGUAUGUAAUAUUUUUUUUUGUAUAAAAUAAUAUUAAUGUGAUAGAAAACUAUUCGUUUAUUUUCCUCGUU